UGACAUAUAUGCAAUCUUAUGAGUGAGAAAAUUCGUCGCAUAGUCGUACGGUCACACAGUAUUUAACGAAGGUGGUGUGAAUUAAUAGUAAUUGUCUUUUGUAAUUACUAAUAUAUGAUAGUAAUUGUUAUUUCUUUGUUGAGGCAAGAAUGACCGAGCAUAAUUUUCCACCUCUAAAAAAUGACCGGCUGCUCAGAGCUGUUCGAGGAGAGCCUGUUGACAAGGUUCCUGUUUGGAUUAUGCGACAAGCUGGAAGACAUUUACCUGAAUUCAGGGAAAUUCGUUUAAAACAUGAUUUUUUUACCAUCUGUCGAACACCUGCGCUUGCAUGUGAAGUCACCCUGCAACCCAUAAGGAGAUUUGACUAUGACGCUAGCAUAAUAUUCUCUGACAUCUUAGUUAUCCCACAGGCUAUGGGGAUGGAAGUGGAAAUGAAAGCUGGAGUUGGUCCAGUUUUGCCAGAACCUCUAACAGACCCAUCUCAUUUAUUAAGAUUGAUAACGCCCGAUGUUGAGAAAACUUUGGGUUAUGUCGGCGAUGCCAUAACGCUGACACGACAAUGUUUACAAGGAAAAGUACCCCUCAUCGGUUUUACUGGGGCACCGUGGACAUUAAUGGGCUACAUGGUGCAAGGUGGUGGUAGUUCAACAAUGGCUCAAGCCAGGUUUUGGCUUUAUCAUUAUCCAGAGGCUUCACAUCAGUUGCUACAACAGAUCACUAAUGUUGUAAUUGAUUACUUGGUGAUGCAAGUAAAAUCUGGUGCUCAGCUCCUACAAGUAUUUGAGAGUUCGGGUGAUUUUUUAAACGAUGAAUUAUUUCAAAAAUUUUCUCUCAAAUAUCUUAAGCAAAUCAACGAAGGAGUGAAGAAAAAACUGGAUGAGCUUAACAUUCCACAAGUUCCAAUGACUGCAUUUCCUAAGGGUGCUACCUUGAAUUCCCUUGAAAUGCUCGUUAAGGAAAGUGGAUAUGAUGUGAUUGGAUUGGAUUGGACGGUAGAUCCUGCAGAGGCAAGGGCCCGAUUAGGACCAAAUGUUACUCUGCAGGGGAAUAUGGAUCCUUGUGCACUAUAUGCAUCAGAGGCUGAAGUAUUCCAACGUGCUGCAAAUAUGGUCAAAACAUUUGGCAAGGAGCGGUACAUUGCAAAUUUGGGUCAUGGUAUUUUACCGGAUGCACCUAUUGCAUCUGUUGAAGCAUUCAUCACGGGAGUUCAUUCGGUUUGAUAGGUACGAUGUCAGAGAAAAUACAUUGAGUAAGUGAACACUUGAGUAUGAGUUAAUGAAAUUCUGGCUCAAUGAUAGAAUGGAAACUGUAUAUCUUGUCAAGUUCAAGAAUUUGCCACAGAAAAGGUGAACUCUGGCACUUAUCGUUUAGAACAAAGCUUACUCAAUUGCAAAGAUACUGUGACAGCUGAGUCUGCAACAGUGAAUGUUUUUCACAGACAUGGAUUUGCGUUUUUGCAGUAUCAAUGAUUUCUUACAAUUCAUAACUAUUUUUUCACUUAGUUAUUUGAAUCACGAAUCACAAGUUUUAUUGAUAUCAGUAGGGCUGCAAAUUCAACAGUGAGAAACUUAAUAUGAAUUACCAGACUUGCUGCAUUCUUUAAUAAUUCAGUCUACCAACUGGAACUCCUAGAUUCAUUUUGUUAUUUGCAAUUUACAAUGUCACAUGUUAUAGAAUACUAUAUAUAAUUAAUCAGAAUUCUUUCCUUUUAUACACUAUGAAUUUAAUCAUCGUUGUUGAAAAUAAAAAAGUUGUAAAAAAAUUACUGUAUUUAGUACGAAUAGCUUGAGAAUUGGGAAUCCGUCAGUAUUUGAAGUUGGCAAAAUUGAGGCAUCAAAAAUAGAAAUGUGUCUAUAUUGAAUAAUUUAUGAUGACCUAGUCAGCCAAAACUGGGAAAUCAGAGAAAAUUCAGCGGAUUUUGUAUGGAGGUAUGGAGAGAGAAUAAAGCUUCCCUCUUGAAAAAGCAAAAUAUUUAGAAUAUUUGUCUCCAUGUGCUCGGUUAGCAUCAUCGUUAAAUAGAUCAGAAACGUAUUUUUAAAUACGAAUUGAAAUAGAGCUCUAUUUAUUAGAUACUGGAAUCGCUAUUAUAAGUUUGGAUUUUAGUCGGGGAAAACUAAUAAUUUGGUCCAGGAAAAGUCAGGGGAUUUUUUUGACUAUUUUUAAUGGUCUUCAUUUCAUUCAACCUUGUUGGUGCUGUCCUCACUUUAAGUUUGAAUCUACCCAAUAUUCAAAAUUUGAUUAAUACGUUUAGACAUUUGAACUAUGUUUACAUAAUCAGGGUGGCGAAACACCAAGAAAAUCGGGAAUAAUCAGGGAAUUUUGUCUAUAAAAGUAUUAUUUUAAAUAUUUUAUCUAAAUGUCAAUUAUGAUGGCCUGCAGAAAAAACGCAUUUUUUUAUAAAUUGUGUUGAAAACUCAGCUAUGUUUCGUAAAGUCAGGUAAGCUAACUUCCGGAAAUGGCAUUGUUCAAUUUGUAAUUAUAUGUGUGAAACGAGGCAAUACUAUGGGUUUUUGGAUCUAAAUUUAUAUAUUGAAGGUGCAUAAUUUCUGAAACUUUUCGUCAUAAAAGCUGUCCAACAUUAUAGGGAAUUCUGAAUUUUUAGACAG